AUGCCUAGGACUGAGGCUCCCAGCAGUCCCGAUCUGCAAACCUUUGGUCUAGGAGGGGCCAGACACUCCGCUGCGGUCAGAGAUUCCCCCACAGCUGGCCGCCUGCAGCCCAGGCUCGCGGCGCAGCGGCUGGCUGAGGUCAACACCGUGCCUCAGUCACUGAACCAGAGGGACACCGAGCCCUCCCCCUCCCUGCCUGCCUGCGCCAUGGGGUCCGCUUCCCCCCGAGUCCUGCCCCCUGCCCACCUUCCUUGGAUGCUCUCGUGGCCCCGUCUGUUCCUGCUGCGCCAGGGCCUCAGUGCCCAGGUGAGUGUCAGCACCACGGCUAUUGAUGUCAUGACUGCCUCUCCGCAUUCAGACACAAGUCUGCUCAAGUUUAUCAAAGCUAUCAUCUCGACGGACUCAUGUGACAACACAAGGUCCAAGGUCAAUGCCGGGUGUGACCCGUGUGGCUCAGUCCUGCUCAGAGCUGGACUUGAGCACCAGCAAGCGGGGAGGAGGAGCUGGCUUCUCUUCUUCCUUGAUUGCGGGUUCCCUAGUGAAGCCCACGGGCCCCUGUCCCGCAGCACCGAAUCACCGCGGACGGGAAGUGGACUUGGAGAGGCUGGUGUGCCGGGUGCUAGGCGACUAGGAGCCCAGAGGAGAAGCAUCAUGCGCUGGGCCUACCUACGGUACGAGGAACGCCAGCUUCACACCCGGAGCUGCUCAGACAACGCGGCCUGUGUGAAGACGUCGGCGUGGGGCCCAGGCGCUGCAGAGGGUCUCCAGCCAGCUCCUGCGCCUGCGCUGAGUCCCUCAGUGGGGAAGGGGCGGGCCUGGCGGAGGGAUCCACCCUUCCACCUCGACUCUCAGCUCCGCCCCCCGCCCACCACCCACCUGUAA